CCCUUCAACUUCAAACAUCAAGCCUGAUUAGCAGCAGCAUUUAAGCACACCAUCAAGGUCUAUUUCCUCGCGCGCAUUGCUCUAGACUGACCCGGAAUCUCUCUGGCUCAGUCCUUCACUUUCUCCUUUUCCCUUUCCAACUUUUUAUGCACCCAGAGCCCUCCCAAGCUUCUCAUCCAGAAACUCGCGAUACACGGUUUUCCCCCUACCCGAUCACUUCUACCCAACAUGGACUCCAGCAGCAGCAUGAUGAGCACCUUCCGUGCUAUUUCUCUCCGGAGAAUAGUAGGGAUGGAGUGCGCGAAUGCUCUGUAAACGCGGCUGAUGAGGUCUCACCACCUCCAUCACCACUUGACCCUGUACUGAACACCACGUUCCCUGUGGAUCGCAUCAGUAACAAUGAAAACUCUUUAACUCCUUCCCCAAAGGAAGCUAAGGAUUCCGGGUUCGAAAUCGCCGCUUCAAAUGUCAAUAGACUCUCUCACCAACCACUCGAGGACUUCCCUAAUGAGGUUUUGACACAUAUCCUGUCUCACUUGCCCCCUUCGUCGCUCUCAUCAAUGAGCCUUGUUAGUCGCCGCUUUUAUAGCCUCGUGACCACUCCUCAUGCCUGGAGAAUCGCAUUUUCUCGCUAUUUUCGGGGUCCCGCAAGCCUGAGGGAAGACACGCAUACAGAAGACUACGAACUUAUCCUUGCGCAGAGGCGUACCUUUUCCAGAUUGACGGCACUGGCAUCCUGGCGAAAUGAAUACAUUCUGCGAACCAGACUGCUACGGGCACUGUCCCGGGGUAAGCCUGCAGAACCCGAGCCCCCUUCGCCGCGCGGCUCCACCAGACAUCAAUCUGCGCAUACUGCAAGGGCUGUGGUCACAUACAGCUCGAUGUGUGUCUACCCAAUUACUCAUAUUGACGGAACUUUUGGUUCGCCAUUGGGCAACAAACCACCUCUGUUUAUUCAUGGCGCUGCCGAACAGGGAGUUGCUUCGAUGAGCGACCCUACCUCUGGCAAAACUGGCACCGGCACUUGGGGUCUCUCCUUCCCACAGAUGUUUAAACAUUUUUCCGAUAUUUUCCCCGGUGAGGCUGAAUGGGGUCUAGGUCCGGGCAAUAUGGUGGGUAUGCCCAAUGUUAUGGAUGUGAGCCAGCCCUACGGCAUGGUUUAUGGAGAAGCUUGUCCUCAAGGGAGAACCUAUUAUUUGUCCUCGAGUGAAAAGCAUGGUCGUUUUUUGCCUGGGGCGGACACCACCUCUCGGCCUCAUCUUGGUAUCCCUAGCAUAAGCAGCAUCGGAACUGCAAUCUGUUCUGUCUGGAUAGCCAAAUCUCCUCAGAUACUCAAGAUGACGAAUGGUCUAUGUGGUAUUCUCUGCGGCUCAUCCUUGGGCAUACUUACUGCAUAUGCAUUGGGACCUAACCCUUCAUACGACCAACGCUUUGAACGUGGCCAGGUAACCGCAAAAUGGGCCCUGUGUCCAGGGAUUCCUAUAAUUGCGAUUAGGGUCGACGAAAAUUACUCUGCUAAACGUCGCUCGCACCAACGCGUUUGGGCUGUCGUUUUGAACUCAGUAGGUGAAGUGUUCUACCUGACAGAUAUUCCUCAUCAAGUGGAGUUGACACCCAAACCAAGCGUUGAGGAGCUCGACAGGGUUGCUUGGGAGACUGGAAGAACCGUGCGCUGGGAACUUAUAGAAGCCACUCGGCGGGUUGCUCGACCUGACCCUUUUAAUAGACUUUUGGUGGAUGGGAGCUACAGUCCAAGGUCCUCGUCAAACUCUAUGGGCCUUACCAAAGACCAGAUUUCUGCGGAAACCGUAGAGAUAGAGAAAUUUCUUGCUUUUAAACCAAAACAUUUUAGAAAUGUCUGUGAUGGUUGGGACAUGAGACGAAAGUUGGAGGUUGAUUUCGCUGGGGACAAUUAUCAUAACGCCGGAGAGUCCGUUAUCGUCUUUAACUGCGGCUUCGGCGAGCACCAGACUAGCUCGAUCCGAAGAUUCAUGCGGCAGAAGGUGCAUGUUCCUAUUCCUCAGUCUUCUGACGAGGCCUACCCUUCAAUAUUAGCGACUGCAAGCCGGUCGAUUUUCAGGGGCACCCUUGGCUCCGGCUCAGCAUCGUCGACCACUCCGCCCUCCCUAAGUUCCGAGCGGCAAGCAGAAACGGACUCUUCCCUUGCGAUUGAAUGGCGAGUAUCUGAUUUUGUUUUCGAAGAACAAAAGCCGCCUCGAAUCACUGCCAGCGCUUUAGACGCGUCGACGUUUGCACAGUUGACUACAUGGGAAGACCCAUUAAUUGGAAUGAGUGGAGGAUCCACCACAUCCUCUCAAUUGUCUUCUCCCUUAUCUUCGAUGAGCCAAAAUCUAUCGUCCCCCGCGGAUAUUCCGGGAAAACGGGCUGCUUACAUGGCCGUUGGUACCGCCGCAGGCUCAGUUUAUGUUUGGGAUAUAAGAGCAGCCGCUUCUCAGACGCCGGAUAUCACAAAUAAGGUCUCGCCGCUUCGAAUUAUUCACACAGAUUCCCCACAGGUGUCCUGUGUCGCCUUGACUUCUCUCUACCUCGUUCAUGGUGGAAGUGAUGGACUAGUUCAGGCAUGGGACCCACUCGCAUCGUCCACGCAGCCUAUUCGAACGCUACACUCUCGCUGCUCAACGAGAGCUCGCCGUCGUCUGCUGCAAGCAGAGACUUCCGCCGCAGGGGUAGGGCACAACUAUAUUGCAGCUGGUGCUAUUUGCCUAGACCCUGAUCCAACAGUACUAAGAGGCAUUGUAUCCCUUGGUAGUCAUCUUCGGUACUGGUCGUAUAGUUCAUCCGCAGCCGACCAAUACAAAAACAACAAGCGUCGACUACGUCGUUCUCACCGAGUAUGUAAUAGCUCUCCAGGUACCCAGCGAUUCAGUAACAGUGGCCGAGGUGCACUGCAGGACUAUAUUGAGAACGAAAGAUACGAACUAGAGCGACAAAAGAAAGCUGAUCAAAAGGAAAGAGAACUUCUAAGCGGUCGGUUCGGAAUAGAUCUUCUUGGGCCUGAUGCUAGCGAAGAGGAACUAUUUGCCUACGCGCAGAUGCUAAGCGAGGAAUCGUAUACAAGUGACGAACGCAAAAGACGGGGUAGUGAAAGUAGUGCUGGAGGUAGUUCUUCGAGCGAAACUAUAUCCCCCAACGAUAUUUCUAUUACACACGAGUUAGCAUCUACAACCUGCUCGUCCUCGACUCUCGACACUGUUACCGAGGAGUUAGAUCCAGAUAUCGCGGAAGCCAUCCGCCUUAGCCUUCUAGACGGGUCUUCAUCUUCAUCGGCAACAGACCGUCCGUUCAAGUUGGAAGACGUAUCCAGAGGGAGUUUGUCGAAUGGUGUAGAACGCAAUAUGAAGCAAGAAAUCGAUGACCUGGAAUAUGCGUUACAAAUUAGUCUGGUGGAGGAAGUGAGCCGGAGAGCAGAGGAUGUUAAACCUCCUACAGGGGGUAUGGAGGAUGGGGAUGAGUAUCCGGCGCUUGGUGGAGCGUCUUUACUUAGCAUUCGGAAGGGGAAGGGAAAAGCAGCUUAGUAGAGUGCGGUCGUGGUUAGAUUUGUGUUUCUUGUUUAAGUUUUGUCCAUUCGAGUUGUGUGCUGUGUUUGUUGUUUUGUGAUAUUGUAUCCCAGCUGAUUCCUUGGCUUUUAUGUUUUUCUCUUUCAUUCGAUACCAAAGAAAACGCUACGCUUGUUUUCUGAUUCAAUAAUCUUAGAAACCUCACUUUCUUGUAGCUGAAUUACACUUUUCACUUCCUCUCUAUUGGCUCAAAUCUCGUCUGUAUCUUCCAACCUCCUAAGCUGCAGGACAGGCGUUAUUGAUCUCUGCUCUAUGUAUUGCAAGUUCAGGGGGUAAGUGCGAGGCAGUGGCAACAUCAAACAAACAGUGAAACAUUAAUCUGUGAGAACAUCCUUGCGUUCAUUUGAUCUGUAUUUAUGUUUCGCCACGAGGGGUUUACAGGGGAACGUCAGCCCAUAUUCCACAGACGAGAGCAAACGACGGGGGCGCUAACUGCGAUGCGGGCUAUAUCUCACGAGGAGGAGGUGGCGGUGAUAAGAGAUUAAAAUUGAUAUCUCAUACUGACACAGGCGCCCAAAGAAAACAUUUCAGGGUACGUUGUGCAAUAGGAGGGGUUAAACAUGACGUGAUUGGUUUUUUGGGGGCGGUUUGUUCUACCUUGAAACAAUCCAUUUCGCCAAUCACAACCACCGUACCGGGGGUUCAACAAGAUAAUACAAGGAAAGAAAUAAAUUGCGGGUAUACGCGAUGAGAAGAGUAAAGUUUUUCAAAGAAAGAUGCGCUGAAUUAACUAAUAUAGCAGCUGGAAAUCGCGUGGGAAAUAGUAAGAGAGAACUUUAACAGAUACAUUCUGAGUUUCUCUACACCAUCAGCAGAGUCAACCCAGCCAGAACAGCGGCGAGGGAGAGAGCAUUAGAGCUGGACACGGUGUUGGCAGCAGCCUUCUUGUUAUUUGUCGAGGCACCGGGCACACCAGAGGUAUUCUCACCGGGAAGGUUGGACUGAAAAUCUUCGAGCUUCUUAAUCUCUAGACCGUCCAGCACACGGCCUUCCUUGUCAUAGACCUCAUAUUUCGGCUUGGUGUCUGUGACCUCGACAAGCUUGCCCUUAGUCGGAUUGCGGAUGCCGUUCUUAAUCAUCUCAGGGACGCUCUCAGGUGCCUCUGGGAUUUUGAAGUCGUCCUCGAAGUAUUUGGUGUCCUUGAUGAGACCGGAGGAGCACUUGGGGGGCUUGGCGCUAGUGGCGGCCGGGUCGAGGGAUUCGAGGAGAGUGAUGUCGAUUUGGCUGUAUUGUUCCAUCAGGUUGCCGUAGUCGACGCGGAGGGUAGCGGUCUUGUUGUCGUUCAACUCAACGAGGCCGUAGUUGUUCUUCUCCUGGGAGUAUUCAUAAACUAGACCACCGCCCAAAGCCUUGGUCAUUUCCGGUCCGUAGAGAGCGCCGACCUCGGUGAAAAUGCGGGGACGGACUUCGUUGCAGCCAUACUCGGAGAAGAAAACGGGGAGGGAAGUCUCAGAGAACCUUUCGACGAGCUUGUCAUAGCCACUGCUGGUGUACGUAGCGUUGCCGCACCAGGAAUAGGAGUUGAGGCCGAAGAAGUCGGAGCGGGAUUCAGGUGAGUCUUCGAUCUCACAGGCCAUGUAAGCCCAGGUGUCCUCUAAAAUCUCGCGAAUAUCGGCGGCAGAGUAGCCAACGGGGAUUUGACGAGGAGAAUGGUUGGCAAUGUACUGUUUCAUAUCACGUUGGACGGCCUGGAAAAUCGCGCGAGUGUGAGAAAACAACGGCACAGAUAAACUUUCGCAUGCAACUGUGGUAACGGCGGGAGCUAUACAAACUUACCCGAAUGUAGGCAGGAACCUCCUUCACGGCUUCUUCGUUGAUGACUUCAUUCCCGCCGAAGAAAGCUAGAGUGUUUGGAUAGUCCUUGAAAGCCUCGAUGAUACCAAAGACACGUUCCAUGUAUCCCUUGUGGUAGGUGGAUCUGGGAUCGGCGCGGUUCAAGCUCUGGUGGGCAAUGGGCGAGUUGACAUCGAGGAUCAAGUAGAUACCGGCAGCAUUGAAGAUGGAGACGCAAAGAUCAUGGUUGGAUUUGGGGUUGAGGUUGUAGAUACGAAUAGUGUUGGCCUGUGCUGCGUUAGUGAAGCUAUAUGCAUGAAGAGAAAUGCGACUCCAAUAUUAACAUACACCCAACCGUUGGAGGAGAGCAGCAUCACGCAAGCAGAUAUCGGCAUCAGUGAGGGGAUCUUCUCCGCUCUCCUCGUCGUAACCAGCGGACCCGCCUGGCUGGUAACUGUGGGAGUGUCGUCAGCGGCUGUCCACGAAGAGGUAGAUAGUGGUAACUUGACGGGGUAUAUAGAUUGCAAGCGACGUACUCGACCCCGAUGAUCUGGAAGCGCUUGUUCGAUUUGGAGUUGACAAACUGCGAACCCUCGACUUCGAUGGGCGUGACAGCAACGACAGUGGAGGCCAGCAGGGCAAAGAGCGCCGUAAAGACGCGGAUCUACAAGGAUGAAAACUUGGUUAGCCGAUGAUAGGGAGAAAAGCGGGUUUUUUAUUUUCUAUGACAAUCACUCAAUCAAAUCAAUCACAUACGAGAGUCAUGCUGGGAGCAGGGGAAAAUCGACAAUUGUUGCUGUCGUGGGCAAUGUAGAGGGGUAUUUGG